CUGACAUAAACACAUAUAUUAUCCUCUAUUUCUUUAUUUGUUACUGUACAUUAUCCAAAGACGCGCAUGGCCAGUACCAUGACACUUGUGUCGGCAAGAAUAAUGUUGUUACUUUAUUAGUAUUACCGAUUGCACAUGACUUUAGUUAUCGCUGUUCAAACACAGUGCAUGUCUGAAAUACAAAAAACGACGUUCGGUCUUCUGCAGGGUCGAGGAGAAGCUCCGUGAGAUCGAUCCGGAAGUGUCGCUGCCCUACUGGGACUACACCAUGGACUACUAUCUGCCUCUUCCGUCAGACUCCGUCAUAUGGAGCUCGUGUUUUCUUGGCAACGGCGACGGCACGGUCCGCGAGGGUCCCUUUCGGAAUAUGUACGGCGGCUUUAACACGCUGAUCGCCCGCGACAUCGCGCGUAACGGAACUUGUCCGCCAAGAUUGAUCAACAGGACGAUAUUGCUAAGCUGAUGGGUUUUUGCUAUUUUGCGAACAUAACGACCGGAAACACACCGAUCUACUUCCAGCAGGUGAACAACCUGGAAGUGCUACACGAUGGCGUACACGAUUGGGUGGGCGGGGAUAUGGGCAACGUGGCCCAGGCGGCGUAUGACCCCGUGUUCUUUAUGCACCACGCCUUCAUCGACUACAUCUGGGAGCAGUUCCGGUGGCGGCAGUCGUCCUUGAUGUGCCAAGUGAACGUCGAAAACGACUACCGAGAACAAGGUGACUACGCAGUCAACAACGCCCCUGGCCACGCCCCGUGGGAGGAGAUGCACGGGUUCGAGUACCUGCAGAACCGCGACGGUCUGUGGCGCAACUGGACCACAGCCGUGUAUGGCUACGAACCGGUGCCAAAGUGUCCCGAGUGCGGCAAUUCCGACAACCUCUACUGCGACAUGGACGUCGACCCCCGCCGACCGGAUGGCGUCUGUGUGACGAAAACGAAGUUCUUUUGCGUCGACGCCCCGCUAACGGUCUUUGAUAGAGAUAAGCCGUUUGAAGAUCCGCUGGGUGGCGGAGUCACUGUUAUUCUGGGCACUAUACACAAGGGGCUGCCAGGGGAUAGACGUACCAGAUUCAUGUCACAGAAAGAGGGCCUCGCUAUUCUUAGACAACAAGUUGGGCAUGUUACUCCAUUGCUGCAACCUAUAUUGCACGACGUACAGGCAUCGCAAGCCUACAAAAAGACGCUCAACAUAAACCUGCAUGAGGAAGUCUAUGUCGUUUCCAGUGCCGACCCCGAGGGGGCGCUCGUGAAGCACGAGGACAUCGUCAGGGGACUGGUGACCACUGUUGCUACGAUCCUUGCAUGUAUGCUAUAAGCGAGGUCUAUGAAUUUCGUUUCUGCCGAGCAAUACUUUUAAUUGAAUUGUAUUGCUGAAGCGAAUUUGGACGACAAGUAGAUUGGCAGAUUAAGAUGUUUGUUAUUGAAAAAAUGUAUACAAACAUUAUUUGCUUAUGCAAUUAAAUAGUGUUUGUUUUUUAAUUUGAAGAUUUUAUUAUAUUAAUUUGUUUUGUUUAGAAGUAGAGUUAGGAUACCAUUUGUUUAAUUUGUUGUACAAGUAUAUCGAACACAUUGGCAACGGUCAUGGGAACAAUAGAUAAGUCUGCAUAUUUUUAAGCUGCAUAACUGCCAUCUAUAUCCAUUGCUAUACAUUUAAGUAUGUUUGAACUCACAAUUUCGGUCGUAUCUACAAUAAGUGAACUCUAAUCCGAAUACAUGGAGAAGUAAAUAUUAAACAUGGAAAACGUCUCAUUAUAAACACGACGUAACAUAUAUACAUGCCAGCAUAGUAUUGUUUAUAUACAAGUUCAGAAGCGUUUCACUCAACGUGAACUGCCGUAUAUUCAAACAGUUAGCAUCAUGAUUGCGUUUGAUGUAUGGUACUAUUCACUGCCAAACAAUCGAUAUUCUUUUGAUAUAUUUUACCUUAUGAAACUUGUGCUGCACUGCCAGUGUAUACAUUAUACAUAAGUAAUUACAUAUAUAUUGUAUUAUGUUUUUUUUUUUCAAAUGUAUACAAGUGUGUAUAUAUUUUUGGUGCUUACGGUAACGGGAGCUUUUUAUAAAUGCACAAACUCAGAUACGUCAUGUAAACAUAUAUCUCAGCGUGUGCAACAUUAAAAGUGUGCAGUCAGAUGCCAGAAUACCAUUCGAUGUGAACAAUUUUUGAUAUUGUAUUGUGUCUAUGUUGAGUAUAUCAAACACAUUAUCAUGUGUGAACUGGCGAGUAGUAGGAUUAUAUUUAUGUGAUAAAUAUACGGACACGACAACGAGGAUAAAUAUACGGACACGACAACAACGAUAAAUAUACGGACACGACAACGAGGAUACAUUUGCUAAAUGUAUUUCCAUCAAUAAUGUAUAUGGGCCGUACUCUGUAAAAAGGAGGUUUAAUGUAUGUGCGUAAAGUGUCGUCAUAGAUUAGCCUGUGCAAUCCACAAAAGCUUAUCAUGGACGACACUUUCCGCGUGUAUGAUAUUAUUCGUUUAAAGAAAGUCGCUUCUUACCAAAAAGCAACUUUUGGCGGAAAGUGUCGCCCCUAAUUAGCCUGUUCGGACUGCACACUCUUUUGAUAUGUUCAUUUUUGCGUGCAUGACGUCCCGACACAGGGCUACUAUUAUUGCAAACGGAAGUCAAGUACAAUUAAUGCUUAUUGUGUCAUAUUUACAACUGUUUCAGUUAGUGUGUGUUUAUUCAACGGAUAAUGCCAUAUCUGUUAAUCAUGUCAAAUUUUAUAGCACCCUUUCUCAAGCUUGCAAUAUCAGUUAUUUUUAUUGAUCAGAAAUGCUUUGAUUGUCUGUAGAUAUUUUUGUAUUAAAAUGUUUUAAUUUGUUUCUUUUUAAGCGGUGUUAGGAUACUCAAAUCUAGAGAGUUAGUGUGCCUUUGUAUUGUGACUAUGCUGUUAAAUGGACAUUUCAUUCACUGACUUCUAUCUAUAAUCCAUAUGUUUUCACAGUGCAUAUGCUUGUAUUACGUUUGAACUACUGUAUUCGUUUGAUACUACACUUAAUAAUGUAUAUCAUAUAUAGGUCUGCUCAGUUGAAAUUCAUUUGAGAAGCUCAUGUUAUUAAAAUACCAUUUAUUACAAUCAGUUCACAUUCAAACAAUUGCGAACUUGCUGAGUGGUACCGAAAAUAUCACGUAACAAAUGUUCUUAUAAUUCUGUUUCAUUAAAUCGACAAUCCUACAAAAACCGCUUCUUUCUAUCGACGCUAUACAUUUUAUUAUAUUGUUCAUUUACCUUCAAUUUUUACACGUUUGCGCGUGUAUUAUUAUGUUUUUCGUAAGGAUCAAUUGCGCAAUAAAUGUUAAGACUCUGCGAUUUUCUUUGAAUAUCCCACAGAUUAUUAACUUCGAAUUUUUAAAGCAAAUCAAGCUGAGUGAACAUAACAAAUUUCAUCAUAUUUUGAAAUGUAGUUGUAGGUCGACUGUUAAACAUUUUUACAAACACUAUUAGUUGUGUUUGUAGUUUUUGCAGUUUUGAUUGUUUACUUUCUUUCUUAUAACUUGCAUUAACUAAACAUGUACACACGUCAAACUCAAUGCUUACUGAAUAUUGGCGUUAUUACAAAGGUUUCGUUAGCGUUUAUAGAGAUCGGAAUCUACUUCUCGAACAUUUCAACAAUACACGGGUACUUGCAAAGUACAUCGUUUGUAUACUCAGUAACUGCAACAUUAAAAUAGCAUCAUAAACAAUAUCUAUUUGAUAACAUUCAUGACAUUGCAUUUUACCAGUGUUUUGAAAAUCAUGAUAAACAUUUUUGUUAGUUUUCACUGUUCCCUUCCCUAUUCCAUUUCUCCGUUGUUAUCACUUACAUACCGGUAUGUGUAGAUUCUACUAAACUGCGUUUUGUUCGUUCCUGUUCUUAAUUGGCGCCAAAUACAGCAUCAUAUAUAAUUUAUUGCUCUCUAUUUUUAAUACUAGAUACAUAAUUGCUUUCGCAUACUGUUCAAUUUUAAUGCUUGUCUUUGGUCAACCGACCAUCUGCAUGUGUACUAUUUUGUAUGUCCGCAAAUGUCACCAACUUUCAUCGUCUUUUCAGUGUUUUUUUUCUAAUAACUUGUUGCCGUCAUGUUUGUCUUGCAACCGUUUAGACACGUUUAUAAUGAUACUCUUAUGUUUAACAUUUAGAUUGUACGCGUAUAUGUAAAUCCACAGUAUAGCUAGUCUAAUGUCCUCGUCUUAUGAAAUUUUACUGCAUCACAGCUAUUUUGUGCUCGACAUGUCUAACACUGAUCUAUGAACUAUCGUCCUAUAUUUAUGCUUAUUUAUAAACCUACUAUAUUUUUUCCUCGCCUUAAUAAAAGCCAUGUUAACCUAAAUAUAUGUUUUUCUUUAUAACCCAUGACGCUUUUUAUGAUAAGCUAUUCAUGUAUCUCACGAAGUUAUCUGUAAUACAUCUAAGUAAGUUCCAUAUCACGAACGAUUACCUUUCUACAGCUAAUGGCUUGACUUAACCCUUUAUAGGAUCUUUUUUUCUCAUUACCGGCCUCUCUUAAAAUUGACACAUUGUCUGUCUAUUUCUUUGCAUUUACUGCUGUUUUAUCGGUGAACCCAGCUUUUAUUAUGACGUUUUAUAUAACGUUUGACCUUUCUAUUUCUUUUAAGUAGUUCGUCUGUUGAGCACUAUCUAUUAUAUAAUAUUUAGUCUUUCUCCUCGUUGAACUUGCUUAUCUAAUCGUUUGACAACUAUUGACUAUUGUACUGUAUUGUAUUGACUUUUUUUAACUAGCUACUCUAUACCGCUUGUCAUUUCUUCAUUUGUUAUAACCAUAUUUUCUAUAACGUUUGCUUUUCAACUUAUUAAAUCUUUUUUUCAAAUUACUUCUUUAUAGUGUCUGAUCGUUCGUCUCGCAACUUCGCACGAAUUAAUUAUAUUCUUGUUACAAUUUCAUUACGCCAAAUGUCAAUUCAUUGUGUUAAGGUAUAUGUACAAUCCAACAACACAUGCAUAGACAACUGUAUUACUGACUUCAUUUUCUAAUUUUAUAGAUACAAUUCAGCCCUGUUUUACUUUUAAUUGCGUUUACCUUAAUUAAACACAUGUAUUUAUAAAAUGUUCCAUCACUAAUCUCAAACAGGAUAUCAUGAAACUUACUCCCUAAUGUCACUGCCAUGUUCAUUGUUUUCUCUGUGUCACUGUUAUAGAUGUCAAUAGAGUUUGUUUAUAUGAUAGCACAUGUGUUCAAAUGAUUUUUUAACAAAAGAUUUAUUUGUUAAACGCGUAAUCAUAUUAUCUACCAGGUAUUUGUGAACGAUGUUAUCGUGUUAUAUUUUAGUUUGAUCAAUGGGUUAUGAUUACUUGUGCGUGUGCUAUUUUAUUUACCACGUACAUGUAAAUUGUAAUCGUAAUUUUGAAAUGGGCGUUGCAAAAGAGAAAUAAAUAAAUAAUACAGAGUCAAUUAUUACCUAAAUUCGCAAGUGUAAAAUAAAAUAUGUGCGAAAUAAAAUUUAAAUGUAUGAAGUAGUAUUGUGAAUACUGAAGUUAAGUAAAAAUGAGCUUCAAACGUUCUUCAAAGUAAAUUUCCAAUGUUGUCAUGUUGAAAUAUGUGAGCAGAGUAGUAUUUUCGUAAGACUUUUAAUAUGAGCUGGCUAAGUUGUCUUUUUAUUACACAACGCAUAUUCCAUUAUGAUGAAAUAAUAUAAUGUUAAAUUUCAUAGACGUACUUAAAUUCGAAUUUCUGAUGAAAGCAAACAAAGUCCCUUUCAUCAUUAGCUGUUUAGUAAAUGAUUUAUUGAUCAUAUCUAGUUAUUAAUGAAAACAGCAUUUAGUUUAUCGAUCAACGUUUUGGCCGAAACUUUUUGUAUUAAUUCCUUUCUAUUAUGUAAUGCACUAUACGUAUGUUUGCCUUUAAAAAAAAAUAAAACUGCCAUCGGAGAUGUCAGAUUAUUUACGCAAUAUCUAACUUUUACCCUUCUAUGCAAUGAUGAACGUUGGGGACAUAGUUAUAUGCUUUUAUAUGUCUGUGAUUUUGGUUUUGUGGUAAAAUGAUCUGCUUUUACAUGAAAUGCAUAUAAUGUAAUCAAGAACUAUAUAACAAAUAAAUACAAUAAAAGGU